UCCUCCUCGUCCUCCCCCCCCCUGCUGCGCUUGGUGGAGAGGAGUGUUCAUGUUCGGUGGUGGAGAGAUUUGAGGUGAUCUGACACACCGAGGGGGUGCAGUCAAUGACGGGGCAAACCGAAAAGUGAAUCGGUGUGGCGUAAUCCAAAACCGCCCUCUAAACGCGAGGCUGGCGAGGAGGGACGAAGAAAAAAAUAAGAAAUAAAUCCCUCCCUGCUCUGAAAAAAGGAGGAUAGAUUGCCCAUUACAUCGCAAAGAUGGGGAACAGGGGAAUGGAGGAUUUGAUUCCUCUGGUGAACCGCAUGCAGGAUGCCUUCUCUGCCAUCGGUCAGAACGCGAACCUGGACCUGCCCCAGAUCGCCGUGGUGGGCGGCCAGAGUGCGGGGAAAAGCUCGGUGCUGGAGAACUUCGUCGGGAGGGAUUUCCUUCCCCGUGGCUCUGGCAUUGUGACUCGCCGUCCUUUGGUUCUGCAGCUGAUAAACAGCCCCACAGAACAUGCCGAGUUCCUCCACUGUAAGGGCAAAAAGUUCACAGAUUUUGAUGAGGUCCGGCAGGAGAUCGAGGCAGAGACUGACCGCAUCACUGGGGCCAACAAGGGCAUCUCCCCUGUGCCCAUCAACCUGCGUGUCUACUCCCCUAAUGUGCUGAACCUGACCCUGGUGGACCUGCCGGGUAUGACCAAAGUGCCGGUGGGCGACCAACCUGCAGACAUCGAGUCCCAGAUUAGAGAAAUGCUGAUGCAGUUUGUCACCAAGGAUAACUGCCUGAUGCUGGCUGUGUCCCCGGCCAACUCUGAUCUGGCCAACUCGGAUGCUUUAAAGAUUGCCAAAGAGGUCGACCCUCAGGGUAUGAGGACCAUUGGUGUGAUCACAAAGCUGGACCUGAUGGACGAGGGGACAGAUGCUAAGGACAUCCUGGAGAAUAAGCUGCUUCCACUCAGGAGGGGUUACAUCGGUGUGGUGAACAGAAGCCAAAAAGACAUAGAUGGCAGGAAGGACAUCAAUGCUGCUAUGGCUGCUGAGAGGAAGUUUUUUCUCUCCCACCCUGCAUAUAGACACCUGGCCGACCGUAUGGGAACUCCCUACCUCCAGAAAAUCCUCAAUCAGCAACUGACCAACCACAUCCGGGACACCCUGCCGGGUCUGCGGGCCAAGCUGCAGAGUCAGCUUCUCUCCAUAGAGAAGGAGGUGGAGGAGUACAAGAACUUCAGACCUGACGAUCCGUCUCGCAAGACCAAGGCUCUGCUCCAGAUGGUGCAGCAGUUCUCUGUGGACUUUGAGAAGUGUAUAGAGGGCUCCGGGGACCAGAUUGACACAGCUGAGCUGUCAGGUGGUGCCAGAAUCAAUCGCAUCUUCCAUGAACGCUUUCCCUUCGAACUGGUCAAGAUGGAGUUUAAUGAGAAAGAGCUCCGCAAGGAGAUCAGCUACGCCAUCAAGAACAUUCACGGAAUCAGAACUGGCCUCUUCACCCCGGACAUGGCCUUUGAGACCAUUGUGAAAAGGCAGAUUGGGAAGAUUAAAGAGCCAUGCACCAAAUGUGUGGACAUGGUCAUUUCUGAGCUAGUCAAUACGGUUAGGCAGUGUACCAAGAAGCUGGCUCAGUAUCCCUUGUUGAGAGAGGAGAUGGAGAGAAUCGUCACCCAGCACAUCAGGGACAGAGAAAGCCGUGCUAAGAACCAGGUGUUGCUGUUGAUAGACAUUGAGUUAUCCUAUAUGAACACCAACCAUGAGGACUUCAUUGGAUUUGCCAACGCUCAGCAGAGGCUCAACCAAAUGAACAAGAAGAAAGCAGCUGGCAACCAGGAUGAGAUCAUGCCGGAAAGAGGAGUUAGCGAUCGGUUUAAGGUGAUAAGGAAAGGUUGGCUGACCAUCAACAACAUCAGCAUCAUGAAGGGAGGAGCCAAGGAGUACUGGUUUGUCCUCACCGCAGAAUCUCUGUCCUGGUAUAAAGACGAUGAGGAGAAGGAGAAGAAGUACAUGCUGCCAGUGGACAACCUGAAGCUGCGUGAUGUGGAGAAAGGCUUCAUGUCCAGCAAGCACAUCUUUGCCCUCUUCAACACCGAACAGAGGAAUGUGUAUAAAGACUACCGUCAGCUGGAGCUGGCCUGUGAGACUCAGGAAGACAUUGAUGCUUGGAAGGCCUCCUUCCUCAGAGCUGGAGUUUAUCCUGAACGGGUCACGGAGAAAGAAGGAAAGAGUGAAGGCAGUGAUGAAAAUGGCUCUGACAACAUAAUGCACAGCAUGGACCCUCAGCUGGAGCGGCAGGUGGAGACCAUUCGUAACCUGGUUGACUCCUACAUGGCCAUCGUCAACAAGACCGUCCGCGACUUGAUGCCGAAGACCAUCAUGCAUCUCAUGAUUAACAAUACUAAAGAGUUCAUCAACGCAGAGCUGCUGGCCCAGCUGUACUCGUGCGGCGACCAGAACUCGCUGAUGGAGGAGUCUCAGGAGCAGGCCCAGCACCGCGACGAGAUGCUGCGGAUGUACCACGCCCUGCGGGAGGCCCUCGACAUCAUCGGUGACAUCAGCACAUCCACCAUAACCACCACCAUGCCACCUCCCGUGGAUGACUCCUGGCUGCAGGUGCAGCGGAGUGGCUCCGGAGGAAGGUCUCCAGCCACCAGUCCAACUCCAAACCGCAGGGCUCCACCGGGACCUCCGGGCCGCCCGGUCUCUCGUGGGCCUCCACCUGGGCCUCCUCCCGCUGGGGGACCCCCAGUCCCGUCUCGCCCAGGGGCAUCUCCGGACCCUUACAGUGGGCCACCACCCACCGUGCCCUCCCGGCCUAACCGUGCACCCCCAAGUGUGCCCAGAAUCACUAUCACUGACCAAUGAGGACUAACGUUUCUGUCGGAGACCCCCACCUUCUCCAACCCACUAGACCUCUGAGCUCCUCCCCCUCUCCAUCUGUCCAUCCCACCUCCAGAUGAGAGGCCAUGGACAACAGUGCCACCUUCCUGUCGUUUUCUGCCAUACCCGACCUGAGCCGGCUCCCUUCUCCUGCUCCUACUUUUCCCUUACAAGUCUCACACACACAAACACACACACACACACACACACACACACACACACCUCUGUUUCACACAGAGACGCAGAAUACUUGAAACACACCUGCAUGACUGACAUACGAACAUGCUGCACCCCUCCCCUCAGAAUUUAAAUAAACUAUUUAGAGAAUAUAAAAUAAUUGAUACAUUUUUGAGUGUAUGCCCACAUGUGCAUGCACACUGCUUACAUAAAUACACACACAUAUACUGUAUAAAUACAAGCAAAGACAUACAGAAUAUGUGUUCCUGCUAUUAAACCUAAGGUGGGAGACAUUUGCAUACUGAGCAUGACACUUUGCCAUUGAGUAUUACAUUAUACUCCAGUCUUUCCAAUGGAUAUUCUGGCUGCUGACUGACUUAUUUCUUUCCUCUUUUUAACAUUUGUUUAUCAUAUGUUUCUUUUAUGUUUUUUUUUUCAUGAUUUCUUUAAAAGAAAAUUCGGUCACUUGUGUGUUUAACGAAAUAAGGGGUAAAAGGAUCACAGACUCCUCGCUCCCAGAUACCUGGACAGACAGGAGCUGCUGCUCUUCCUCCUCCCCUUGCAUUAGGACUGAAUCAAUCAUCUGUUGUAGUAUCCGAAAGGCCUCACUGUCACUAAAUUCACCUGGGUCAUAACUUUCUUGUGUAGUAGAGUCAUUCUGAGUGAACAGCCAAAUAGUUCACAUAACUGUGUCACAACCACCUCUCGAAAACGCUGUUGUCUGUGCUUCCACAGAACCUAUGCAACAAUGAAAAUGGUUUCCCAAUCUUUUUCUUUCUUUUUUUUGGCUCAAAGAGGCACCUCCCAUGGCCCUUUUCCCACUUUCCUCCUCAUCACAAAAACUUUGUCAAUGCAUUAUCUUAUCGAGGCGGGAUCUAAAUAGAAAGUGCAAUAUCUGGAAUAUCCUUCUACAGACAACUGCAUGACACCAGUCACACAAGAAUCAGAGUACAUGUCAACUGAGAGGAAGGGAAUCUGUGGCCUGGGUGUCUCGCACCCAGAGACUGUUCGAUAGCUCCUCAUACAUCCUUUUUAUUCAGAGGGAAUGAGGUCCCUAAUGGGAAAGGUGUCAAAUAUUUGGAGUGUUUCUAAGUCAGUUCCAAUCACAUUAUGCAUCUAAUCCUCUGAUAUACUGACUGGGAAAACCUUUAGAAUUUUAUCCAGGUUUAUGAUCAGCAUGUAUUUACUGUUUUUUUUUUCCUCAUUUCUUUUCUUUUCUUCCUUCUCAGUGGCCACGUGGGUGAGUGAGAACAUGAAAACAGCCACAGUCUAUGCAUAAAACUAUCAAAACGCUCCUCCUGUUUCCCCCUCACAUUGCUGUCCGAGAGCCUGUGAGUUCAACCAUUCUUUUUAACUGUUCUGCAACUGAACUGUCAGUGUGAUGUGUUGUAUUUCGACCCCAAACAAAAAUAAGCAACCCACCAGCCUCUGAACCUAAACUGAUGUAACUUUAACCAUUUAAAAAAAACACUUCAGUGACCCCUUGUGCAUCUUAGUACUCCACGACUGCAACAGAAACACAACAAAGCAUAUUCUACUUAUUAUUUAACAGUAAAUAUGGACAUAUCUUAAUGUGUUAUUAUUUAUAUGUGUGGUGCAUCUUAUGAGAAUUGUACUUCCACUGUCUAGAGAAUUUAGUCUGCUGAAUAUUUAAAUUAUUAUGAAUCAAUGACUAUGUGUAUAAGGAAAUAUUUGAAAAACAUAAAAAUGUGUGAUGCAGUAUAUAUAUAUAUAUAUAUGGACAUUGCCAGGUUGUUUGAUACUCUAGCUGGUAGCAGAGAGGUUUUUGUUUUGUUUUUUCUUUUCUUGUUUCUCUCUAUGUGUAGAAGAGCAGAAAGGGACAGUGUGAAUGUGUGAAGUCCUGCAACAACCAGGUCCUGCGUCUUGUUUAAACUGCUGUGGAUGGAACAAUGAUUUUACGCCGCAGGACUACUGUGCUUUGUCAACACAUUAAAAACCUCCGUGUACUGAA